AUGCAUCAACGAGCGCAUGGAGGGAGUGACCUGGAGCGACCUCUUAGCGGCCGCGGAAUGGUUGGGGCCGCCAGGCAGCACUGCGGAGACACCCUGGUCAAACUAAGACGCUGCUCUGGUCAUAGUGGAGUACAAGGGAACGUGCUAGUCGACAUGGAGGUUAUAGCUACCAGGGCCGCCGAUGGCCACCUCGCCCCACACUUCCUAGGCGACUAUUGUCCACGCAUCAAGUCUAGCGAAUGCAAACUAGAAUUAAAAGCACCGAAUAGACAGCUAGGAGCCCAGCGCUGGGCACCCUCGGUUGCAGGGACCAAAUAUGCGCCGAAAUGCCCUCAUAUCUCACCUGCCCACUUCACCACUUACACCCACGGACUCCGAGAUCGAGAGCAACUCUCUUGUUCAGACGUAUUACAGGUUAUGUACAACUCGGGAAGCACCUCUGCUGACUGCAAUAAGUGA